ACUAGAAAAAAACAAUCAUAAGAAACUAAGAAACAUCAGAGACGAAAAAGGCAACACAGCUGUUGGAGAUCUACACCUCUCAUACGGAAAAUUGCAUGUGCUUGGACAAUUUGGAAGCACCAAGAAACUUGAUACGCAAUGUUGA